AUGCCGAAGAAGAUAGAUCACGGCCCUCCGACACGACAGUCCACCCGCCUCUCUCAACAGAAAGACAACAGCGAACAGACGCCAGGAGAAACGAGUCCCAAGACCGAAGAGUUAGACGAAGACGUCCUCGUUACACCCUCGAGCCCAGCGCCAGAAGAGCCCGCUCAAGCCCUUAGUAACCCAGAGCCAGAAAAGCCUGUUGCCCCCCAUCGCGACUCGGAACAAAAAAGACCCGUCGCCAGCAGCGAAGUCAAAGAAUCCAAUUACGAUUCUGCUACCGAGAACUUUGAGGUCUAUUCGAAGCCCAAGGCCCAAGUCAGCGCUGGAACCCACAAUGACAACGACCGCUGCUCUCGCGAGAUCACACCCGCGAACAGUGCCUUUGGCAGCACCGACUUCAAGCCCACUGGGUUUGCGGCCCUCCCCGAGUUUACACCUUUUGGCCAAGACCAGGAUGCCCGCAACCCCCACUAUGAUAAAAAAGCUAGAGAGUCCCGACGCGAACCUGGCAUGUUCGCCGGAGAAAAGGACCUCUUUGACAAAUGGAUUAUCAAGCUGGCCGAUAAAUGCGAGAAAGACGAAAAGACCUUCAAAAAAGAACGCAGCCAUAUGGCUCUUAUUUUCAACAUGACGGGAGGACCUGCUAACGACCUUCUGGAGUCCCGUUACCAGUCGGUUCUUAUGCCGUUCCAGAACACUGCUAAGAUGGUUGCCACUCUUUCCGCCGUGUACCACGACGCCAACCAAGCCUCUAAAGCUCGGGCUGAGCUAGCGAAGCUCAAGUAUAACCCCUUUGACAAGGAAAUGGACAUCCACCAGUUUAUUGGAAAGGUCAACAGCCUGGCAGACAAAGCAGGUAUCGACAAGGACCUGCGUAAAACCACUUUCUAUGAGCAUAUCCCUGCCGAUCUCGACACCCGUCUGCUGAAGGAUUCUAAGGACUCGCGCAUCUCUUACGAAGAUUUCACUGCUUCCGUUGCUGAUGCCGCCAUUGCUCGUCACCGUGCUCAGGAAGAGAGGAAGGAGCGCAAACUGACCCGCCAUGAGCCAUCUCCCCCGGAGACCAAACCCCGCCGCCGACCUCGCGGGUACCGCGAGCGCCGCAAGAUCAAAAAGGAAGUCGAGACUACAACUGCGCCUGUCAAGGAGACUCCCUCUCUGUCGGAAAAAGAGAAGAGCGCUCUCAUAGACGCCGGACUCUGUUUCUUGUGCAAGAAGCCUGAUUAUCAGUCUCGCCAUUGCCCCGAUCGCAAGAUUAUCGCUAACAUGCUCCAGGCAUUUGACCACGAGGAAUCUGAUGCACAAUCAUCGAGCAUCGCUGAGAAUACUCCUUCUGAUUCUUCUUCUGAUUCAGAAAACUAA